GUAGCAUUGGAGGGAAACGCCGUUCAGCCUCGUUCCUUCAGGAGAGGUCAUCCAUACUUGUUGUACUGUACUUUAACAGGAUUUAUUCAAGGAAGCCUUUCAAUCUGAAAGGAAGAUGGGGAAAGGCUUCAAAGUGGUGGUUUGUGGAAUGGCUUCAGUGGGGAAGACGACUGUUUUGGAGCGAGUUCUGUAUGGUCAUCACAGGAUUGAUGAUGAAUAUUUGGCAACUAUAGAAGAUGUGUAUGUGGCUUCAGCUGAAACGGAUCGAGGAAUCAAGGAACAGUUACGGCUGUAUGACACCAGAGGAGUGCGAGAGGGAGAGGAAUUUCCCAAACACUACUUCUCCAUUGCAGAUGGUUUUGUCCUGGUGUAUGCUGUGAACAGCCUAAAGUCCUUUGAAAUUGUGGACUGGCUCAAGAAGGAGAUUGACAAGCUGAGAGACAAAAAAGAGGUGUCAGUUGUUGUUUUAGGCAAUAAGAUGGAUCUUUCGGAGGAGAGACAAGUAGAAACUGAGGUAGCACAACAGUGGGCUCGGUUGGAGAAGGUGAAGCUGUGGGAAGUGACAGCAAUGGAUGCUAAAACGCUGAUGGAGCCCUUCAUGGUAUUGGCAAGCAAACUGUCUCAGUCCCAAAACAAAUCAGCCUUUCCUUUGCCUGGACGGAAGACCAAAGGCAAUAAUGACGACAGCUAAAAAACUUUGCUGCCAGGGAUGAGUGCCUUGAGUUGUCUCUUCAUCCUCCUGCUGAGCCAGGUGUUCUAUUUUGCUAUUCCUUUGACACUUGUCAAGCGUUCGUCGUGCUUCAGGCUGCUAUUGGUAAAAAUUCUGUGUAUUCAAUUCAGAUCCUUGGUUUCUAAAACAGUUGAAUAGCCUGAGAGAUCAAGGGCAAGGGUGGUUUUGGAAGUCUCUGCAUAAAAGCACUGCAGGGAUCAUGGUGGUCUGUUUUUAAUAGUUGUUUGGUUCAAUAGGCAUAAAGUGGCAAGGUCUAACAGGUUAUCAAGGAAAAAGGUGCGUAAGGGUGUUUUAAGAUGAUGUUAUUGUUGUGUAGGCAUUUUGCCUUAAUUAUGGAAACUUACUUUCGCUUCCAGUUGUGAUUUGGAACCUGCUACUUCUUCCCUUGUUUCUUCCUACAUAAAUUCCAAAAAUGGGGAACAGAUGGGAGUAGAUACAGUGUCUUUCUACUGACAUUACUAGGAGCAUGCCUAAGAACCAGUUAGCUGACUACAGUUUAACUCGCUCUAUGUAUUGGAUUGUAGCAGCUCUAACAGCAACAGCAAAAAAGAUAACACGGUAAGUAUGUUUGGGAAACCUGUUGUGCACCAGCCUUCAGCAGACAGAUGAUUUCUAAUAUAACAGGGCUUCAAAGUGUUUGGCCAAGUUGGGGAAAUCUUAGAACCUGGGCCGGACUGCGGCGGAAGAAUGUCUCCACUGACUAAGUUGAAUGCAAGGCAUUUAAGGAAAAUUCAAGUUGUUUGCUUAUCUCAUUUUAGAUAUCAGAAUGCACUGCAAGCCUCCAGAUAGCUUGGUUUUCGAGAAGACAGCCUUUAUUCGCUACCGCAUUUGGGGAGGGUGACCAAGUUGUUUAGGAUAUUCUAGAAUUCAUAAUCCAAAAAAGCAACUUCUCUAGGCUCUGAUCUCUGUAUUACAGUGCCUAUUUGGUCAGUUUAAAAAAGGCAAAUUGAGAAGAAUGUCAUAUACUCAAGGGAUUAAGAUCAAGGAAGUCUAUCUUCCAGUUAACACAUGUUUUGCUUCAGUUGGUACCUUUCUCAGACAAGGAAAGCUUUGUACAUGCUCAUGGAAGCAAUUAGAUCCCAGGACAUCUAGAAUUUUACAGUUACUCAGUACUCUGAAUUGUGCUUUGAAACACCAACAGUGCAGUUUUGUUGAA